GGGUCGAUUAGUUGGGUCUGGAUCACGGAUUGUGAACAGGAAAUAAAGUGCUGUUUUCUAGGCUCGCCGUUAUGUUUUGUUAUGGGCUAACGUUAACCGUAUUCCCACUGCCAUAGGAAUACUCAAGCUUGAUAAUGUCGCCGUUGUUAAUGCCUCUGCGUUUUCGUGCUAUGUGUAAAUAUAAGUCAAUCGCACGUUAUUCAAAUGCGCUGGCGAAAGGAGGUAGAUGGCGUGUCGGCCACCGACUGUCGGAUAAGCAGAUGAACGCCUGGUCACAACAACAAAGGCAGUACAUAGGAAAGUCUAGUACAGAGAACUCCAACACCAAGUUCUAUCUGUGGUUUGGUGGAAUCGGAGCGGGGAUAGUUCUAGCGCUUGGACUCAAGUAUCGUUAUGAUGGUGGCAACAGUUUAUGCGAUGCUGAAGUUUCAGAUGAGAAGAGAAUCGGCACGUAUCAUUCAGCCGUCAGGGUCAGUAGAGACCUGGUGAAACGAAUAAAGGUAGGCAGCAAGUACGAGGUUGGAGCACCUGGAUUGGUCAUUGGAGUCUCUGUAGAUGGCCAGCAGGUGUGGUGUGAAGGCUUCGGUUAUGCUGAUCUGGAAAACCGCAUAGCAUGCAGACCAGAGACAGUGAUGCGCAUCGCCAGCAUCAGUAAAUCCCUCACAACCACAGCUGUGGCUCACCUCUGUGAAGAGGGAAAACUAGACCUGGAUCUGUCCGUUCAGCAAUAUGUCCCUGAGUUUCCUGCUAAACAGUUUGAUGGAGAAGAUGUCACCAUUACCCCGAGAAUGAUUCUGUCUCACCUCAGUGGGAUUCGCCACUAUGAAAGAGAUGCCAAGAAAGUGAGAGAAAACAAGGAGAAAGCAAAGAGACCUUUGAGGUCACCGAUCAAAGAAGAGACUAGCUUGAAUAAAGGUGAUGAGAAGAAUACAAACACAGAAGAGAACAUCUCCAAGGAAUCCAAACAAGCAAAACCCACGGAGAGGAAGAAGGAGUUUGAGCAGGAGGAGUACUACCUGAAAACCAACUUUGAGAAUGUCUUCCAGGCCUUGGACCUGUUCAAGGAUGACCCGCUCAUCUUCAAACCCGGCUCCACCUUCCUGUACUCCACCCAUGCCUUCACCCUUCUCAGUGCUGUCGUUGAGCGGGCGGCCGGGCAGAACUUUUUGGAUCUCAUGGGGAACAUGUUCCAUGAGCUGGGGAUGGUCCACACGGUGCCAGAGGAGAAUGAGCCCAUCAUUUACCACCGCUCACGAUAUUACCACCUGAACAAGAAGGGGCGGGUGGUGAACUGCCCAUAUGUAGACAACUCCUACAAGUGGGCCGGAGGUGGCUUCCUGUCCACAGCUGGAGAUCUGCUCUUGUUCGGCAAUACCCUGCUCUACAGCUACCAGCUGGCCCAGCUGAAGGACACCAACGGUCUUCUGCCUGGCUUCCUCAGACCACAGACCUCCCUGGAUCUCUGGGCCCCAGUGGACAGGACAGAGGCCAGCUGGGAUAAGGACGGACUGUACGCCCAAGGGUGGUUAGUAGUGGAGAAAUCCCAAAAGUAUGGCCAGUGCAAACGUCGCAGGCACUAUGUUUCACACACAGGGGGCGCUGUUGGAGCCAGUAGUGUUCUGUUGAUAUUACCCAGUGAAAGGACACCUCAGCCUGAAGGAACGAGGGCAGAGUUCCUCCCCCGGGGAAUUGUGGUCACCAUCAUCACUAACAUGCAAUCUGUGGGGCUUAAUAGCACGGCACUGAAAAUAGCCUACGAGUUUGACAAAGCUACUAAGGAGAGCUUGUAAGAAGAAUCGGCUGACCCAACAGCCCCAAACAAUACAAAUUGUAUUAUUAUAUUUUUCUCUGAAAUCACUGAUGGAAAAUCAUUUCUAGUAGUAGUGCAUUUUCUGAUUCGUUUCCAAUUUUACAAACUUUGUAAUAAAUACUACAAUUUAUCACCA